GGGCCAGCAAGCCAAGCACAUCCAUCAGCGUGGAGUGUCUCUUCUUCGGUCUAUCUUGCAGCAGCGUCCACACUUGCCGCAGGACAUUGCAGCACGGUGUAAGCCAAAGACGCAGGUGUGGGUGUUCCUGAUGUGCUUGGAACAGACGCCAACACUCCAAGUCACUGAUGGGAUCGUGAUUCUUGAACACAUCUGGCCUAGCCGGUGGAAGCUACAGUUCAACGCAGAUCCAGAGCCGUACCUGCCCACGCGAUCACGACUGCGUGGUCCUCUCCGUCCAACCGCUUCCUCCCCGUCCGACGAGAACUACCGCCGCGUCUACCGCGCGCUGAGUGAUGAAGAGAGCUUUCAAGUUGAAGGGGCACAUGCGCUGCUGACGUCUGCUGUUGAUGUGUUGACGACUCAGCGUCCACGUGUCGUUCCCAUUCGAGAUGCAACAGACACCGCCGACCCUCUCGCCAUUGCCACCCAGCUCUGCCAUGAUCUCGCAUACUGGCACCUGUCCAAAGGGCGGCCGGGUGAUGCCCGUACAUAUGCGCAGCGCAAGUGCGACAUCAUGAACGAUAUGAGCGAUGCCCAGUUGAACGAUCCUUACAUUGAGUGGACACAGCAGCACCACCGCGGCAUAUGCGGCGCAUGUGGGUUAACGGCGCCCGAUUUGGCCGAGUUGACGCAGGACACACUGACACACGUCGUGUUGCAGCACAAGCGGUUGACAGCAGAGCAGGAGGAGCAGCUGGCUCAAACGGAUACGCGCGCAUUCAUGGACAUCACAGCAGAACUUUCCCUCCUACACCAAUAUAUUUCGACCAACGCGGACGGCGUGAAUGCACAGCUGCUCACCGUCUUCUGCCUGCAGUGCAUUGAGACAUCGCGCUGGUCGCUGCUCGACGUUGUUCUUCCAUCACAGGCCGCGCGCGUCCACCAAGUUGUGCCACAGUUCCCUGAGACGGGUGCGCUGUCUGUGCUGCGCGAUCGUCUUGAACUGCACACGUGUACACUGGAGGGCGACCGGCCCAUUCCGCCACCGUUACACGUCCCAACACACGUACGCACGGACGCAAUCAGCGACUGCAUUCGCCUGGCAUGCAGUGGAAAGUACGCAGAGGCGCGGCAGUCAGUGGAGGGAGGCGGUGUGGAGAGAUGGACCGGUGACGUGGUGGUGACGCUGGUUGCCUGCAUCGAGGCCGGGACACAUGGCGGUGGCGAAGGUGGCGGCGAUGAAGCUGGUGCAGUGCACACGUGCGCUCACGCUUUGACUCAGCAUGCAGUCAGAAACGAGGAUGCGUUGUCGGCGUUGUUCCUUCACUUCUGGCCGUUCCCGUGGACCCCGGCCCUUGCCACAGUCCUCCUCUCGCUCCACCCACAUCUGCCGCAUGGCAUUGGACGAGCAAUGAUGACAACGCCCGAGUGGUCGCUGCCAAUCCACUCGCCAUCAUCACUGCACCUUCAACCUGAUGAUGCCACAGCUGCAGCCCUCAUGCGCCUCACACACGCCUUCUUUGCACAGCUGCCGUACUGUUCUGUAGCAGAAGCGCACGUCGACACACACGCGUCGGUUCUCCUCGCGGGUGCACACGUCCUCCACGGUGCUGGGCGGAGUGCAGAUGCAACUGCGGCUGCAAUGCGCGCAUUGUUCCUGCUGACCAGCGGGUAUUCGCACGUGGACAUGUCGGCAGCGUCACCUGCCUUCCAGCAGAUGGUUUCUUUGCUUAGCAAAUGUCUGCAAGACACGCAGCCGUUCUUGAGUGCACUGUUGCUGCAGUACACGACACCCAUCGACUACACGCUGGCGCGGACACUACUGGGCAAGGCCGUGGAUACCAACUUCAUCGUGACCGGGACACACUCUGCUCUCAUGUGGGACCUCACGCUUCAAGAAAUGUUCACACAUCUUCAGCGUCAGAGCCGUUCGUAUGUGAGCAAUGUUGAGUUUCCUGUGCGCACGCUUGGUCCGCACACCAUCACCACCGCCUCCCCGCUGUAUUCGCGCCUCCUCCUCGCCACGCUCCUCACCAUCCACCGCACUGUCGAUUCUUGGCAAUGAUACCCAUUAAACUUCAGUAAUCGGG